GGCGAUUACCGUGGCGUGGGACAUUUGAGAGAUGGCAACGUGCGUCCUCAGCACGAGGUAUCUGCCUUUGCUUCUUGUGGUCAUGGGCACGUCGUUAAUGACGUCAGUAUGUUCGUCAGAAUCAUCGUGUCCCGACGGUCACCGUUUAGACGAAAGCGGAUCUUGCCAAGAUAUCAAUGAAUGUCUUGAAGGUGGUAGAAAGCAGUGUGGUCAACUAUGUACCAACACGCCAGGCGCAUUCCAGUGCUCAUGUUUAGCUGGGUACACCCUAGAGGCAGAUGGCUGGUCAUGCUUUGUCCAAGAACCCAAACCGUCCAUUAUGUUCAGUCAUGGCAUGGACAUUUCCCAAAUGGACGAAGGAGGCACAAACCUUUUGCCCAUCCUACAGAACAUCGGCACUGUAUACUCCUUUGAUUAUGAUGUCAUGCAUGAUAGGAUCUACUUCAUUGAGUCAAUGAGGAAUGUGAUUGGCUGGGCGCCGUUGACCGGAGGAACUGAUUCAACUCUCAUAUCGGGCAAUGUCGGGAUCUUGGAGAGUUUAGUGGUCGACUGGAUCAACCUUCGGAUAUACUGGUCAGACUCACUGUUCAAGUGCAUCGAAAGCUGCAGUAUCUAUGGAACGGACCGGAGGAUCGUCGCGGAAACGGGGCCCCGGACACCAAGUGCGAUUGUUGUAGAUCCUGUUGAGGGAUAUAUUUUCGUCAGCACCGCCGGUCGGCGGCAGCGUAUCCAGCGGAUUACGCUGGACGGAACCGGCACCAAGACCAUCGUCAAGUCAGGGGUGAACAACAUCAAGAGCCUGGUGCUGGAUUACGUGGACAAGCGACUUUUCUGGUUAGACAAUGGCACCGGAUUGAUUGAGUCUAGCUACUACGACGGCAGCGAGAGAGAGACCGUUCGAUCAGGGUUGAACUCUGACUGCUAUGGUCUGUCCCUCUUUGUCGACCACAUCUACUGGACACGGCUGACGGAUCAGACAAUCAGUCGGGCUAAUAAGUACACGGGCCACGACAUGGUAGUCAUCACCACCACUUACCUAGAUUCCAACCCCAGGAGCAUCCGCGUCAUACACCCGUUCAGGCAACCCCCUCAAAGUCCCAUAGCCCGCUUAAAUUGCACCACCCACGGCGAUUGUCCCAUUGACAUCGAGGAGGGUCGACCACCCCCGGCUCCGCAACCUUACCUCAUCUUCACCAACCGGCACGACAUCCAACGCAUCAACUUUGACGGCACGGACUACAUGCAGGUCGCUUACGGCAACAUGGAGGACCUGGUUGCCCUGGACUACGACCUAGCCGAUAAGACGGUCUACUUUGCGGAUGCGGGCCGGAAGAUGAUUGAACGCAUUGGUAUGGACAUGCAGAGCAGGGCAGUCAUUGUGGAGGGGCUAGGAGUGAUCGGUGGUAUAGCUCUGGAUUGGUUGCGAGGACGACUUUACUGGACAGAUUCAGAGAAGGGCCACAUUGCAUCCUGCAGCGUUCACGCCUGCGUUCCGGAGGUGAUUGUCGAAACAGGGCUCCAAGUUCCUAGUGGUAUUGCGGUUCACCCAUCUCUGAAUCUGAUAUACUGGACUGAUUUAGCCAGCCCGGCCAAAAUCGAGGCUGUUCGUCAUGAUGGAAGGCACCGUGCUACCAUAGCAACCAGUAACCUGACCACACCCACCAGCAUCACCAUCGACUAUCAGAGCCAGAAGCUUUUAUGGAUUGACAGCGGCAGAAAGGUGAUAGAGAUAUCCAACCUUGACGGGACGGAGCGUCGCAUCAUCACCAGCAGCCAAAUGGGUCAGCCAUUUGGCAUCUCCGAGUUCCAAGAUUACGUGUGGUUCACGGAGUGGGAUGAAGACAUGAUCGUGAGAGUGGACAAGGCGACGGGCGGGGGCAGGGUGAGACUGCGGGGCAGCAUGCAGAGACCCACAGGGGUGGAGGUGGUCCACCCCAGCAGGAGAGUGAUCUCAAGUAUCAAUCCUUGCUCUGUGUUCAACGGGGGUUGCGAGCAGAUCUGCAUUCAGGCGCACGUCAACCAGGUCGUCUGCGCCUGCAAUAACGGUUACUGGUUACGAAAUGAUGGUACUACUUGCAGCCUUGACGAAUGUUACACGGGCAGACACAACUGUAGCAUCAAUGCGUUCUGUGAGGACACGGACCCGGGCUUCUACUGUCAUUGCAGGCUGGGAUAUAAAGGCGAUGGUUAUACCUGUGUAGCCCCAACGACGCCCAGAUCAGAGUUAAUAGCUCCACCCCAGAUCACCUACCCCUUACGGACCACCACCAAGCGCCCGACGACCACCGUAGCACCUGUAAGCCAUUACACCAUGGCCAGCGCAACCAGACGCCGGCACCCCGCCCUGGCCACGCCUCGUUCCACCACCGCCUCCCGUUCCACCCUACCACCGGGCCACCAUAUUCCGGCCUCGUCCAACAGUCUGACCAAAAGUAUGGGUGGCAGGGAUGACACAGCUGAUGGUAACCCAGCGACAGUCACCUUGUACCCGGACGACGUGGUGGGUGGUCGGGCCACAACCCCGGAUACAUCCCACUUCGGGGUGUGCGGGCCAGAGUAUCGCUACUACUGUGUCAACGGCGGAAUUUGUCGCUGGUUAAUCAACAUCAAGAAACCCUCUUGCCUUUGUCAGACUGGCUAUGCCGGAGAACGCUGUCUCUACGUCAAGCCCAUCAUUCCAGCCAGCGGGAUGAGUGGUGCCAUGGUAGCGGCCAUCUCCGUGGGAAUACUCGUUCCAGUCUUCCUCGUCAUCGUCGGCAUUGCUUGCCUCAUCCACAGAAAGAGGUCCAAGAUUCCGAAAGCUGCCUUGCACACAGAGAUCAGUAUGCAGUCCCUGGAUGGGCUCAACUGCAGACGGGAAUCUGACAGACCCAAGAACAACAGUGCUGCCACUGAGGGUCAGACAUCCCCACCCUCACCAGUUGCCACCACGAGGUUGAUAGCUUCUUCAGAGAGAGUAACCCUGCCCUCGGCCUCAGCAACACUUCCCCUCUAUCAUUCCUGCAAGCGGAAGGCCCCUACCCACCCUGCAGAGACUGAACGUUACAUGGAACCGGCUCACAUUCCUACCCUGCGGCGGGUAGGGCCAUGCGGUUACCAGACUCCGCGGAAGGGAGCACCGGUCAUCAUGCCUAAGCCUACCUUCAAGCUGGCCGGGGGCGUGGCUGCCCACGCCCUCCUACACCGGAAACUGUCCAUGGAGCAGGAGCAGUUACAACUGAAGCAAAACGAGGACUACGUAGACAUCGAUGGCGAUGCCCAGUCUCCACCCACCGCCCCGCCAAGCACGGAGAACCAGUACGAUAGAGUGGUGGGCACCAGACGGGCUUGGCCAGACAAUGUAUACGUGAACACGCCCAAACUCAUACCCAAGAAUUCCAAGUGAGUCAUGCGUGCCUCACUCUCUUCCUUGGUGCACAAGGUAGGCGUGGCUCGAUUACUUCUAACCACGCCCAAAGUUUAAUGCAAGAAUUCCAAACAAGUUUUGACUGGCUUGUCCAAUCAGAAACGAUCAGCAAGACACCUGAUGGGUGCAAAGUGGCCAAGAGAUUUGAAUAGCAAACUCACUUCAAUAUCUCAAGGCAUGGAAUUCCAAGCUGCCGCUGAUUUGCAGGUUUGAAUGAUCAGACCUUUGGCAAUUGGCCACUGUUUGGGACUUGGGUGGCCACACUUGACAGGUAUGGAUGCGACUAAGUAUAUAGCCAAGAUAUAUAUUUUUAUAUGAGAUAAUGAACAUUUAGCUGCCAUUUAAAUGUUAAAAACCAGUGGAAUGGGGCUACACUGGUUUCAUGUGAAGUUACUCUGACUAUUGUGUCGAGAAAUCCUAGUUAAGAGAAAUCUUGGUGUAGGUUUAAACCAGACCAAUUGCUUGAAUGGCUUAAUGUUUAUUCUUGGACACCAGGUAAGUUAGCUGGUGGGGUACUAAUUGGUCCGUGGAAUUUUUAUGACAGUCUGGGAAAAGAGGACCGGAAUUAUGAAGCCCUGUGGAAUGACAGAGCAAGACCAAGUUUUCCACAUGGAAUGGAGAUGUUGUUUAACCGGUUGUGAACAAUGUCUUCUGAGGUUGGUUGCAUUUUCCUUUCAACUCUGACCUCGGCAAAGUGCGCUCGGUAUGUUUGGAUGCCAGGCCAAGGGAGAGUGUCAUAUACUUGAUAUCUUGGCAUUGCCUGUCAGAAACCUAGAUGUAAAUAGAACACGCAGUCUUCCAAAAGCAACGUUGUUGUGUGUUUUGCUUUACUUUAAUAUUCUCCAAAGGGUCCUUUUAAGACUUGUUACUCAAAAUUGGGUUGUAAUUGAGGAAUGUAAUAAAAUUUUGGUGCUCUUUUUAAUGUAUAGGAUUAGGAAUGUAAUGUAUUUAUGAAAAAAUCCAGGACUGAACAGUUGAUGAGAAAUUUUAGGUUGAUACAAAGUGGAUCCAGGAGCAAUAGUUGGCGGAGGAAAUUGAAUAUUUGUUGUAGAGUGUGCUGUGAUGACGUAAUAAUGGAAAUGCGAGAAAUGACUUAUUGGUUGCAGAGUAAAGACAGAAGGGUAAUCCUUCAUCAGUUGACAUGCUUCCAUAUUUAAGGUUGAGAGUAUAAUUGUAAUUCUCGCAAAAAACUCACAAGUGAAAUGCACAACACUCAUAUCACAGUUGUAGUAAGUUAUCAAAUAUUCUGAAAUUCAGAGGGCGUUUUGAGCAGACUACCUCAUAUGUUUGACAGACAGGAUAGGACAGAUUCUGACUGGCUCACUCUAACAAGUGAUGACUCUUGUUGAUGAUUGAUGCCUCAUAAGUGAUGACUCUUGUAGAUGAUUGAUGCCUCUUAAGUGAUGACUCUUGUAGAUGAUUGGUGCCUCAUCAACAAAGUUGCAUCAGAAUCAUACCGCUGAACAUGAACUUCAAUGAAAGUGUGUGAGUUUCUUGUAUCUCCAGAGUGUAAUUAUCAUAGCAUGUCCAGUUAGGGGCAUUCUAUAAAUGUUCAGUCCGAUUUUUUCAUGUCCCUGUCACAUCUGACAAGUGAUUUUGUGAGUUAAGAAUGCAUUCUUUAAUUUCCGAGAGUAAUGCAGUAAUGUCAAUUUAAUCUACACAGGAUAGUAGGGUCAUGAAAAUGUCACUGUGGAUCCAAAUUUAUACAGUGACCUAUUGAUGUAAUGUGGCUUAUGAAGUGGGCAUUGGGAUAUGCAGCGAGAGUGUAUGAGAGGGAAUGGAGAACCGCCCCCCCCCAUCAGUUCACUUCAUGAAAUGUCAUGUCCAUGCCGUGUCCUGCAUGGAAUUCCAGAGUAACUGCUGUGUCUAUUGUCAGCAUAUUGCCUCAUGUGUCCAAUGGAAUGAUGACCUAAACCUAGCUCUAAACAACAGAUUUGGAUACAGCCCCCAAAACAAAGACGUAUAUGUCGCAAGGAUUGGACUGAAAUACACUGUAGAAUUACACCGUCCAGCUCUACACCAAUCAGCAUCUUUGUUUCAUAUUCUCUGUGGCAUCCAUCCAUGGGCAAAUUGUAUGUUAGUUGACAUUGGAUCUUGACGUAUUUAUUUAAAUGAAGUGUCUUCCAUUUUCCAUAGAAACAAUUAUGACUCCAUUAAUUGGUGCACAUGUUUUUGUAAUAUGCAGUAGAAACGUAUGCCUGAUUUUUCCCCCGUGAGUAACUUCGAGAUAUUAUCCACAAGUCCUGAUGUUUUAUUGAAUGAAAGACUUAUUGGAUAUAACUUUUAUUCUGAUACACAAGUAACAGGGGGUCAUCAUUUUAGGAGUUUCUUCUGGGAGUUGACAGCCUACGGUAUUAAAUUGCCAGAUGCACUGGAGCUUCUGGCCGGAGAUGUGCUCUUGAACGUCCAGGAUCCGAUAUCUGAGAGGGCAUAUCCAGGAAAUGAGGGGAACUUCUUUUAAGCUUAAGAGCUGUUGAAAAGGGCAGUUUACCAUUCCUGUUUGUAAAUACAUGUCGAUUUAUAUUAUACCUAAUAUUACACUCACCAGUAGUUAUUGUAUAAAAUGAGGAAUUGUAAUAUUCAAGUUAUCCUGAUGGAAUGUAUAAUAAAUAUUCAUCACUCUGACGCAAAUAUGGAAGGAAUACGAAACCAA